AUGCGAAUACAAUUAUUGUCACAAAUUAAGAAUGCUGUGGCCGCUCCUUUUGAUUUGAGAUCCAAACAACAAGCAAUGAUAUUGGCGUCAAAUUUUAUUUUUUCACUAAGAUAUUGUAAUAUUGUACGAGAAGGCGAUGAUAAUUAUUAUUCUGAACCCAUAUGGACGCAUAACAUGACAAACAUUCAUGUCGCAAUUCCUCACUUUUUAUCUCAAAAAAGUGAAAAUACCACGUCCAAACGUAGCGCCUUUAUGUGGUGUGAUAUUUCCUGCAUGUCUUGGUUUUUGAACUCCAUUUCUGAUACAAUCAUCGAUUCUGUACUGUUGACAAAAAGAAAAAACAAAAUAUGGACUUUAAUCCAUACUCGAGGAAGAAGUGCAGAAAAAGCCAUCAAGCAUCAACACAAAAAACAAGUAUUAACAAAACAGAGUGUUGACAUUCGUACGGAAUGGAGCUUUGUUAGCUCACGUACAAAAACAACAGAAUAUUCUCAUAACAUAUUGAAACAAGAUGAAGAGGACGAAGAUGAGGACGAAGAAUACAUUUGUACAGAUGUAUGGUCAAAUAUUAAGAAAAAGAAAGCGUUAAAUAAGAGAAAGCAAUACGUUACAACCUAUGAAGGAAAAGUAAAGCUAUUGUGGAUACCAGCCAAAAGCUUUCGAUCGGAACGUUUUAACAUGGAAUUCGAUCAACACUCGCUAGAAGAAGCACCAAAGAAACUAACAAAGAAAUUAAUGCUAUAA